GUCCUGGUGAGACAUUAACCACGCCAUGUGAAUGAUUGAGGGAAUCAGCAUAACGUUUAUGACAUUGUUGUGAAUGCAUGUCUGACUCAACAUGUCAGUACACACUGAAGACUUUGAUCUGAAACUACAGGAGAAAGUUGUAAAAAUCUGCUACCUUUGCCAAUGUACUGGAAGGGCCUGGGGAGAGACUGAAUGUCGAGUUCGUUUCGGUUGUAUACAAUGCAGACACGGAGGGGGCUGUUUGUGAUGGCCGUGUCUCAGUGGAUGUUCUGUGCUGCAGUGCUGCUCCUCCUCAUUCAGGGGCUCCAGUGUUUUCCAACUCCCCCUACCUGUCCUGAGCCCUGCCUUUGUCAGAGAGGUCCUCUGUUAAACUGUUCCUCCGCUGGCCUUUCCCAAGCCCCACAACACAUCCCUUCCACCAUAAAUGAUCUAGACCUAUCUCACAACCUCCUGAACUCCCUUGCCCCCUCGUGGCCAAAUUGGGGGCUUAAUAAUCUAUGGCUUGGACACAACAGCAUCACUCACCUGUCUCUGUGUGUGGGGAGGACCUGGAGGGGUAAACAUGGGAGAAUACCCCUCUCACACAACAGAGGAAGAUGUGUAUCCUGGGCCCCGGCCCUGCAGCUGCUGUCUGCUGAGAGGAACCAGCUAGAGAUGAUCCCUGAGGGCCUGGGAGGUAGCGAGUUCCUGCAGGUGCUGCAGCUCUCCCACAACAGGAUCUCUGGUCUGCAACCUGGAGAUCUUUGCAGGUUCCCCCAUCUGAGAGAGCUUCGCCUGCAGCAUAACCACAUCUCCAACCUCCACCCACAUGCCCUCAGGGACCUCCCGGAGCUCAGGGUCCUGGAUCUGAGCUUCAACCUGUUGACCACAAUCCCUCCAUCCGCCUACCUGUCACUGCGUAACCUGAAUGCCCUGGUGGAGGUGAGUGGUAACAGGUGGAGGUGUGACUGUAGCCUGCGGAACGUGAGGAGGUGGAUGGCCUACGACAGGGACAGGGCCCUGCAGCAGACCUGGAGGGGGGUGGUAUGUUCCUCCCCCUCCACCCAUGCAGGUAGAGACCUGCUACACCUGGAGGACAGUGACCUCACCUGCUCUACAGCUGAGAACAGGGAGGGGCUCCACCAGGAUGUGACAGUGACUGAGGGGACAGAAAUCCUGCUGCCCUGCGGCCCUCCACAGCAAGAUUCAACAUGGUGGACGACUAAUGGACAAGUUUCUGGAAGUCAGACGGGCCUGCUGAUCAGUGACAUCACAGAGGAAGACGCAGGGCUGUACGUGUGCAUGUCUGGGCCAGAAGAGCAGUAUAUAUCUGUAUUUAACAUCCAUGUCCAUAAGACACAGAGGAAAAGCAGAGGCACCAGGAGUUUACACUGGGAGAGGAAGCUGAUAAACACAGAGGUAGGCAGCCUCCAGAGGGAGGGUCAAGGGACAGACCUGAACUCUCUAGAUCUCCACAGGGCUUCUCAGAGAACACAGUCUGACCUGGUCCUGGCUGUCUGCCUCUCUGUAUUCAUCACCUUCCUGUUAGCAUUUAUACUUGGUGCUCUUGCCAGACCUCUCCUGGACCCUCUCUGGAAGAGGUGCUGUAACCGUACCAAGCAAAGCUCCUCCCCAGCCCAGUCGGUCUCCUCCGCUGGGCAGGGCUCCUACGACAAUGACGCCUAUUCAGAUGAGGCUCGGGAGGAACUAGGAACACACACGGAGAGUAGAGUGACAUUCAGAGGACAUCCUUCAGAAAUAAGGGAUCAGAGUAGCAUUCCAUACUAUGAUACUGUGGCCAAUGGCAGACAGGACAACCUCGCUGGGGAAUAUGAUGCAACAUAUGAGAAUGUUUAUGCGAGGGAUAUCUCACACCCCUCCCUUGAGGUCCAUCACCCACCUAAUGAGAAGCCCAGAGCACAGGACUCUGUCAGCUCCCAACCGGACAGCUCAGAGACAGACACCCAUAGUGGAGAACUCUCUGAUGUCUCUCUGAGUGAACCACAAGUGGAUGCUCACCCAGUCCAUACCCACCAUGGCAUGGAGUUUGAACCCAUCCCUGACCCAGAACAGUUGCAGGGAUAUCGAAGCUCGUCCGUGUCUUCACACUCUGACAAGGAGAGGCCGGAUAGGGAUCAGGAUAUGGACUGGCCCAAAAACUAUUUGGCUCAAAGACUGGAGGAGAAGCACAAGACCCAGAAUAAUCCCUGGGAGCAUCAAUCCCUCCAGAAGGAAAAUGACUCCUUUGAGCAGAGUUCAGAUUUCCCUAUGGUUAAACAAGUUGAUGUGCCACAGAUCAAGAUCGGCAGCAUGGGUGAGAUCCCUGGAUUUACAGAGGAGCCCUUUACUGAUUGGAAACCAAUCAAGGCAGAUCCAAACCCAAUGGAGCCUGAGCUGUGGAAUGACAGUGGAGAGAGCUUUGAGUUCCCUGAUUCCAUCCGAGGUGCAUCGGCACAGUCCAGCAGUCAAGAUCUCUCGGGUUCUGCUUUUGACGAUCAGUUGAGAAAGGAGUAUGAACAAGCUCGGAAUGAAGAACCGCUGGUGAAAGACCAGAGGGAGAAUAAUAAGCUGCUUGAGCUGAACCUAAAUUACAGUGGGAAUGAACCUACAGUGUACACUGUGAACCCAGAGACAGAGGUAGUGAAGGAGAAGAUGAUUGUCCAGAAUGUAGGUGAACUGAUACAGGAAGUUCAGAGUGCUCUGAAAACACAGGAGUGCUUUGAUUGGUUAAGUGAUCGUGGGGAUGAACCCACAAAGUACACAGUGAACAAGGAGCAUGAUGAGGAUUCAGCUCAAGUUCCAGAUGUCAUGUACAGGGAUCAAUCUCUCAGUCUUGGAGACACUGUCUCUUUGGUGCCAAGGAAAGCUCUCAAUAUUGGCUUCUCCAAGGAAGGUUUUAAAUAUCAACCAGAGCCUGAGACAAGGUCAACUGUCUUGGCUCUAACCACCCAUAGUGCCAUCAGCACAAAGGAACCCCUUCCCCAACAGUCAUUGCCCUCAGACGGGACAAGGGUUGGAGACCUCAGACUCAGUAAGCGUCUGGAUAUUCAGCCCCCUCAGGAAGCUCCACCUGCUGCCCCAGGUUCACCCUCUUCUAGCAGUGAGAGUAAGGAUGAGACUACAAUCAAUCAAAAAACAGAAGAGGAGAAAGCGAAGGUCCCAGAUUCAUCUUUCAGUCUUGCAGGCAUUGAUGUCUCUUUUGCCCCAAGGAGAGCUCUCAGUAUCGGCGUCGCCAAGGACAGCUCUUAUCACCCACCUCCAGAGCCUGAGUCAAGGUGGUCUGGCCUGGGUCUCACCUCCCAGACUGUCAUCAGCACAAAAGAUGAAGGCUUUAAGAAAUACACCAAGCCCCUUCCACAACUGUCUUUGCCAAAAACAUCCCUCCCUUUCUCCACCUCUUCAGACAGGAUGAUGGCUGAGGAGUCUCCAACUCAACUCUUCUAUGUCCCCCCACUUGGGAGACGUCUGGAUAGCCAUCCCCCUCAGGAAGCUCCACCUGCUGCCCCAAGAACACCCCCACCCUCUGGUUCAUCCUCUUCUAGCACCGGGAGCGAGGAUGAGACUACAAUGAACCAAAAAAGAAAAGAGAAAGCUAAGAUCCCUGAUGUCACAUAUAGGGAUUACUCUCUCAGAUCUGGAGACACAUCAACUAAAGUAUCUUUCUCUCCAAGGAAAGAUCUAAAUAUUGGCUUCUCCAGCGAGAGUUCUCAAUAUCAACAUGAGUCUGUGACAAGGUACGAGAGUGUCACCAGAACAAAGGGUGGAGACUUUGAUGAAGACAGCAAGCUUCAUCCCCAAAUGUCUUUGCCCAAAACAUCACUCCUUUCCACCACCUCCUCAGACAGGGUCAGAACUGAGGAGCCACCAGUUAAAAUCUACAUCCCUGGACUUAGGAGGCAUCAGAAUAUUCAGCCCUCUCAAGAAGCUCCACCUGCCAAAUCAUCCUCUUCCAGCUGUGAGAGUGGAGAUGAGACUCCAGAACACACAAUGAAACCAGCUAAAGACAUCACAGAUUAUUUUUCCCCAAGGAGAACACUCAAUAUCAGCUUUAACAACUCAGCCAGUACCACAGAUAAGGUAGAGAGGAAGACCGGAGCAGAGGACCGGUGGGAUCAGCCAAGGCUUGGUAAGGUGAAGGCGCUGUCAGAGAGAACACGAAGGGACACAGAGGAAAGUUUUACAGACAUGAAUGUUUCUUUCUCCCAAAUAAGAGCGCUCAAUAUUAACUUUGAUGUCUCAGACAGCAGCACAGACGAGGUGGGGAGGGGUACCGGAGCAGACUACAGUAACCCUACUGAAGAAAUCAGUCCUUCUCCCCAACUGUCAUUGUACAAAACAUCACGCUUUUUCUCCACCCCCACAGAUGAGGCGAGGCCUAAAGGAGAGUAUUCACUCCAAAUUCCCCUACACAGGAAACACUUAGUUGUAGACAUCCAGCCACCCCUGGCUCUACCUGAUGCCCCAUCAACACCUCCACCAUCCCCAGAGGGAGAGGAGGCAGCAGGAUCUGGAUGGAGGAGUAGGGAACAACAGAUGAGAGCCAUGGAUGGAUUUGGCUGUAACUCCAUGACACAGGGAGACAGGAGCUAUAUGGGGUUAGUGGUUGCUAAACCAUUCGGCAUAUCUCGUCCAUAUCAGAGCGUUACCUCAGAAACCAUUAUGACCACCCCGUGUAGUGAGGUCUCUACCUCUGGUGACCUCAAUAUGACCUACUCCAACUCCACCCUCCAUUUUGAAACACACAAAGAGGGCAGUGAAGCUUGAGAGCUACAACUGUAAUUGUUUGUACUGAUUAAAGAAAUCACCUGAGAAGUUAAUGCAGCAGAUGAAAGUUGUUAAAACGUAACUUGUUUAUUUUAAUUACAGAAUUAUACUGUUAUUACAUUGUUGUAAAUGAGUGUAACACCAGACAUGUUUGUCUUAAUGAAAAUAGCUGUUUAAGUGACUGAAUUAUUUCAGACUAAGGCAAAUAAAAGGUGGGACCAUUAAAACCCAAUUUCCCAGA